CGGCAGGCGGCAGUUGUGUAGAUCGCUGAGAGACUACGAGGGUCCGGUUCAGCUUCAAUUCUGUCUCUAAUCUCUGCAACAGCGGCUCUUCCUGGGUCCCGCGGCUUUCCUGCUCACUCAACCGCGGCUGGAGGCCCGGCGAAAAUCAGAGCCGUUUCCGCCCCAUCACCCACGAUGGAAACCCUCCAAGAAAAAGUGGCCCCGGACGCGUGUGCCUGAGGAUUCCGCACAAAAGAGGUGCCGAAAAUGAAGACCCUGGUGCGCCAUGGUCUGGCAAUGUGUUUAGCGCUCACCACCAUGUGCACCAGCUUGUUGCUCGUGUACAGCAGCCUAGGCGGCCAGAAGGAGCGGCCCCCGCAGCAGCAGCAGGCAGCGGCGACCGGCAGCCCCCCGCCGCACCCCGAGGCCCCCGCGGGACCGCGGCCACUGGACGGAUACCUUGGCGUGGCGGACCACAAGCCCCUGAAAAUGCACUGCAGGGACUGCGCCCUGGUGACGAGCUCAGGGCAUCUGUUGCACAGCCUGCGAGGCCCCCGGAUUGACCAGACCGAGUGCGUCAUCCGCAUGAACGAUGCCCCUACGCGCGGCUACGGGCACGACGUGGGCAAUCGCACCAGCCUGAGGGUCAUCGCGCAUUCCAGCCUCCAGCGAAUCCUCCGCAACCGCCACGACCUACUCAACGUCAGCCAGGGCACCGUGUUCAUCUUCUGGGGCCCCAGCAGCUACAUGCGGCGCGACGGCAAGGGCCAGGUCUACAACAACCUGCAGCUCCUGAGCCAGGUGCUGCCCCGGCUGAAGGCCUUCAUGAUCACGCGCCACAAGAUGCUGCAGUUUGAUGAGCUCUUCAAGCACGAGACCGGCAAAGACAGGAAGAUCUCCAACACUUGGCUCAGCACUGGCUGGUUCACAAUGACGAUUGCCCUGGAGCUCUGUGACAGGAUUGAUGUUUAUGGCAUGGUGCCCCCAGACUUCUGCAGGGAUCCCAACCACCCUUCAGUACCUUAUCACUAUUACGAACCUUUUGGACCUGAUGAAUGUACGAUGUACCUCUCCCAUGAGCGAGGACGGAAGGGUAGUCAUCACCGCUUUAUCACAGAGAAACGAGUCUUUAAGAACUGGGCACGGACAUUCAAUAUUCACUUUUUUCAACCAGACUGGAAACCAGAAUCACUUGCUAUAAGUCAUCCUGAGAAUAAACCUGUGUUCUGAGGAAUGUGUGUGGCCAAAUGGAAAUCCAAGAACCCACUGUAUCAGACAUCAGGCCACUGAACUUCCUGAAACACCAGACAUGAAAGAGGAACAGAAUUGGUCGCCGGGGUAGCUUCAGUUCUCAAGAAGUACCAUGUACAGGUGCCUCUGAGGCGUGACUACACAGCAGUGCAGUUGGUUUGUAAGGGAAAAUUCCAGAAUGAAUACAUCCUAAUGAGUGUCGUCCUUUUCAAAAGGGGUUACCAUAGGGGCUGAACUCUCAUUUAAAUGAUGUUGCCAUGGCUAAAAACAUUUUGGAUCUCUUUAAGUAUUGCCUUCGAAACUGAGACAUUAGGAACUCAACAUUAGUUGUAUUCCUUUGUAGAAAUACCACGUCAAAAGUCAUUUUUCUAUCAGAUUGUAUCCUAACCUGAAUCUUUGUCAUUUGUUGGACUCUGUAUGUGUGAUUUGUAAAAAACAGCCUGAAAGUGUGGACAUGAUUUCUGAAGAGUAUAUCUUCACUGACUUUCAUAAGCAAAUGCCCAAUA